GCUCGCGGGCUAUAUCAGCGCGGGGGCGGGCACGCGGCUUCCUUUAGUGCGUGUCGGCUCGCGCUGCUGCUGAUUUCUUCCGCCCGCCGCGCCCGCCCGCCCGCCAUGGAGGACAGCGCCAUGGACAUGGAGAGCAUGGGGCCCCUGCGCCCGCAGACCUUUCUCUUCGGUUGUGAACUUAAAGCAGAUAAGGAGUAUCAGUUCAAAGUAGAUGAUGAAGAAAAUGAGCACCAGUUGUCUCUGAGAACGGUUACUUUAGGUGCUGGAGCCAAAGACGAAUUACACGUUGUAGAAGCAGAAGCACUGGACUAUGAAGGCAACCCUACUAAAGUAGUGCUGGCAUCCCUGAAAAUGUCAGUGCAGCCUACGGUUUCGUUAGGGGGCUUUGAGAUCACACCACCCGUGGUGCUGAGGUUGAAAUGCGGUUCAGGGCCUGUUUAUGUCAGCGGGCAGCACCUCGUAGCAUUAGAAGAAGAACCAGAAUCAGAUGAGGAAGAAGAUGAUGCAAAAAUUGUGAAUGCUUCAACGAAGAGACCAGCAAGUGGAGGAGGAGCUAAAACACCACAGAAAAAACCAAAAUUAUCAGAAGAUGAUGAGGAUGAUGAUGAAGAUGAGGAUGAUGAUGAUGAUGAUGAUGAGGAUGACUUAGAGGAUGAUGAGGAAGAAAUUAAACCACCAGUGAAGAAACCAGUCCGUGAGGUUUCGGGAAAAAAUAUGCAGAAAGCAAAACAAAAUGGAAAAGACUCUAAGCCAUCCACACCAGCAUCUAAAUCAAAAACUCCAGAUUCCAAGAAGGAUAAAACUCUAACUCCAAAAACACCAAAAGUCCCUCUGUCAUUAGAGGAGAUUAAAGCGAAAAUGCAAGCAUCUGUAGAUAAGGGUACUAUCCUGCCUAAGCUGGAACCCAAAUUUGCCAACUACGUUAAGAAUUGCUUCAGGACGGAGGACCAGAAGGUCAUUCAAGCUCUCUGGCAAUGGAGACAGACUCUGUAAGAAAAGAAAACAGUUUAAACAGUUCAUUAAAAUCUGCAGUCUUACUUCUGUAACCAUUAUUUGGCUGUUCUUUUUACAAAUGCUGAAAGAGCUUUCCCUCCUGUGUCUGAUAAAUGUCAUCCAGAUUACCUUGCCAAGAAUGUGUUGUCCAAAAUGCCUGUUUAGUUUUUAAAGACGGGACUCCACCCUCAGCUUCAUUUUAAGUAUGUAUGGAAUGUUUUGAUAAGGCAUGGUGGUGGUGGUGGUCAGACAAAUGGAAAUGGUGGGGAGACUAAAUGUAUGUGGAAAAAGAAUAAAAUUUAGUAUUUUAAUAAAGUA